GACCACCCCCGGUGCGAGCCUCUGGUGCCCGGCGAGGAGCUGCCCAGCGCCUCGCGCGCGCUACGAGAGCGCCUCGCGGCGGCGUGGCUGCAGCUGGAGGCGGGCGGCACGCCCGAGUGGGCGCCGCUGCUGCGGUCGCUGCGGCCUCCCCCGGGUCUGCCGCUGCUGCUCGUGGACGGUGCGGGCGGGCCGCCGCCGGAGCUGAGGGGCACGGUGGUGCUGCAGCACGCGCUGUCACUUUGGACCGCUCUGCGCCGCGAGGAGGGGGAGGCGGCCGAAGGCGGCAGCACUGCCGCCAGCUGGGAGGCGCGGCUGUGGGCACAGUCCAUUGUCAUGAGCCGCUGCUGGUCAGCCAGCGGUCGGGUGGUGCUGGUGCCAGUGGUCGACGUGGCCAACCACGCGGCCUCCUACCGCGAGGCGAACGCGGAGGUGCGGCACCUGGAGGACGGCUCGGCCGCGCUGGUGGCGUCGCGGGCCAUCCCGCCCGGCGAGCAGGUCAAGAUCUGCUACGGGGAGUACGGCAACGAGCAGCUGCUCUUCGCCUACGGCUUCGUGCUGCCCCGCAACCCCCACGGGGGCCCCGUCUGCCCGCUGGCGGCGCCCGCGACCGCCGCGGGGGCGGAGCUGCUGCAGCUCGCCCUCGCGCGCCUGCGCGGCGCCUGCGGCGCGGCGGAGCUGCGCGGCGCAGAGGGGCCCGCGGAGGCGGUGCCGAGCGGCCCGCGGCCGCGCGGCGGCGGCGCGGAGCCGCGCGGCGGCGGCGCGCCGCCAGCGCUGCGGCCGAGCGCCGCCGCGGCGGCUCGCGCGGGCGCCGCGGCGGCGCUCGGCCCGCUGGGCGGGCCCGCGGGG